GGGUCAGACACUGGGUGUUGCUGCUCUGGAGGGAAGUGCAGCUGUGGAGAGCGGACGGACCGAGGCGCGACGUGGAAAGGCAGAAUGGCAACUUAUCUCCUUCAAUGCAACGAAUUAUAUCCAGCGACAGCAUGAGAACCGGAUCCGAGAACAGGAUCUAACAUGUCUGCAAACUGAGUCUCCACCUGAGUGAGGAACUACUUACAGUCGCCAUGGACGGCGGGUUGACUAUCACUUUUAUAUGUGUUGCGAUGUUUGUAGGUUGUUUUUUACUUGGAUUCAUCCCACUGUUGUUCAGACUCUCUGAGAAAAGCCUCCAGUUUGUCUCCAUCCUGGGCGCAGGACUCCUGUGUGGGACAGCACUGGCUAUAGUCAUCCCAGAGGGAGUGGGCUUACUGGAAGAGUCAUGGAGAGCCUCCUCCUCCUCCUCCUCUGAUGUGCCAUCCGGCCUGAAUGCCAGUGAUAAGAAUGCAACUUCCACAGAGAGGGGCCCGCCGCCUCGGUUGUUCAUUGGGGUGGCUUUAACGUUCGGGUUCACCCUCAUGUUUGUGGUGGAUCAGAUCGGAAGUUACUUUUCCAUGCGUGGCCAAACGAACCGUGUCGGCAUCACGGUCACUUUGGGGCUGGUUAUUCACGCUGCAGCUGAUGGAUUUGCUCUGGGUGCUGCUGUGGCCACGGGGCAAGUGACAGUGCAAGUGAUAGUGUUUUUUGCUGUCAUUCUACACAAGGCUCCUGCAGCUUUUGGGUUGGUCUCCUUUCUGAUGCACGCAGGCCUUGAAAAGAAGUACAUUCAGGGACAUUUAUUGGCUUUUUCUGCUGCCGCACCUAUAGUUGGCAUCCCCACGUACUUCAUAUUACACGCAUCUGCCAGUUCAUCUCAGAGCCAACUCAGUGCGACCGGCGUGGGAAUGCUCUUCUCGGCCGGGACUUUCCUCUAUGUGGCCACAGUGCAUGUUCUCCCUGAGAUCAGCAGCAGCAGGACAGGCCAGCCCGCCUCCGACCUCCAGCAGCCCCCCGGAGCCGAGGCCCACCAGCAUCGACACCUGGGGCUCCUGGAGAGCCUCACUCUCAUCCUCGGGAUCGGGCUCCCGAUGGUGCUCGCUCUUGGGCUGCAUGACGACUGAAAAAGAAAUGCCAGGGCAGUUAAGUGUGGCGCAAAGGGCCGCUGUGCCUGAGGGUGAAACUGAGCACCUGUGUUAUACUGUACAGUGUAAACUACUGGGAUAGAACAAUGAUGGAGCGGACAACAUGUGCCUGGGAGGAGAGCUUACCUUGGUCCAGCUAUUGUUUGUGUAUCAAAGAGCUCUCCAGUAUGUCUAACGAAUCUGAUAGCUAAUAUAUUGUCCUCAGUGGACUGAUUUUCCAUUCCAAGGUGUAAUUUGUUGCCAAGUUUGAAUUCAGUAAGCCCUCUCUUUUAUUAUGCCUGACAAAGAUACCGAGGACAUGGCUUGUUUGAAGGUGGAAAUCCCAGUAACUUGAUAGAUUUCCUGGAACAACCAAAUAAUCUGUUACCCAAACAAUAGGUGAUCUAGGUUGUACAUUUUAAAAUAAUGUCUUCGUUGUUUGUACAGUCAGGAGCUUGAAACCAGCUCCAUACUAUUAGUCCAUGAAUGUGCAAUAGUGCAGAUAACCAAGACAAAGGAUGUGAUAUCCUUGUGAUUUUGUGCAGUGGUGUAAUUUGUUUCAUAGUACAGCGGAUGUGAGGAGGAACAUCAGCAGCAAUAAGUAGGAAGUCCAGCAGCUCCUGUAAAAUGAUAUGUGAGUCUAACAGAAACAGGUGGCUGACCAUAGAUACAGAACAUAACUGUAUCAUGUUAACUGUAAUUUGUUAUCUAUUUGCUAAUGACCCCUGUUGUUUUUCUCUGCUUUUUAGCAUGUGCAAAUUAAAAAAUAUAUUUCAUUUUAUGAUAGCUUA